AGGAAAAAGAAGAUGGAAAAUGGUACUUAGAGAAGUUACGACGUCGUACCAUUCGUUGUUCUAACAGUGUCUUCACCGGCUUAAACCCUAAACCCUGUGAAGUGAAGUGAAGCGAACAGGGAAGGAGAAAACCGCCGAACAAAUGCUGAUUACUCGAAAGCUUUCUGCUUCGAACCUCAAAUCCUUUCUUUCUCUGCGUUCCGUUUCCCUUUCUCUGAGUUCGCAGUUGUUUUCUUCACCUCUCUGCUUAAACCCACCAAUCCUUUUCCCACAUCCUUCAACUCUUCCGCGUUCUUUCUCUUCGAAACCCACACCACCAGAAGCUUCGAAUCUCACUCGUGAUGGCAACUACGACGAAGCCACUUCCCGAUUCUCCCUCGUCUGCCCUGGCUGUGGAGUUCACAUGCAAGACACCAAUCCCAAGCAUCCUGGCUUCUUCGUCAAACCCUCGAGAAAAGAUCCCAACUAUCGCCUCCUUACCCAUCUCGUGCCCGUCGAUGAUGAAUCUGAAUGCUCCGAAUUUCUCAAGAGAGGCCUCGUAAUCGACCCUGAAAAUCAGAAAACUGAAGAGAAUGUGAUCGAGCAGCCCCAGAAGCCAACUGUGUGCUCGCGGUGCCACUCAUUAAGGCAUUAUGGGAAGGUAAAGGAUCCUUCAGUGGAGAAUUUGCUGCCGGAUUUUGAUUUCGAUCAUACCAUCGGUAGGAGACUGGUGUCAACUACGGGAACCCGAUCUGUUGUUAUGAUCGUCGUUGAUGCUACAGAUUUUGAUGGCUCAUUCCCAAAGAAGGUCGCGAACUUAGUCUCGGCGACUAUUGAGGACAAUUCAGCUGCCUGGAAACAGGGGAAAUCAGGGAAUGUGCCUAGAGUGGUGCUUGUAGUGACGAAAAUAGAUUUGCUACCUAGCUCUAUAUCACCAACGAGAUUUGAGCAUUGGGUGAGGCAGAGAGCGAGAGAGGGAGGAAUCAACAAGAUAACGAGUUUGCAUAUGGUGAGUGCGGUUAGAGAUUGGGGGCUGAAAAAUUUGGUGGAGGAUGUAAUUGAUUUGGUUGGGGCGAGAGGAAAUGUGUGGGCGAUUGGAGCACAAAAUGCUGGGAAAAGCACGCUGAUUAAUUCAAUAGGAAAGCAUGUCGGUGGGAAGAUCACGCAGUUGACUGAAGCACCAGUUCCUGGAACAACGUUGGGGAUAAUCAGAAUGGAGGGAAUUUUUCCAGGUCAAGCAAGAUUGUUUGAUACUCCUGGGCUUCUCAAUCCUCAUCAGAUUACUACGAGAUUGACAAGGGAAGAGCAGAAGCUUGUUCACAUCAGCAAGGAAUUGAAGCCGAGGACUUACAGGAUUAAGGUUGGUCAUACAAUCCAUGUUGCCGGCCUCAUGAGGCUAGAUGUGGAAGAAACAAGUGUGGAUACGAUUUAUGUUACUGUGUGGGCAUCUCCAUAUCUUCCAUUACACAUGGGGAAAACAGAAAAUGCAAGCAAAAUACAGGACCAUUUUGGGAAUCAGUUGCAGCCACCUAUAGGCAAAGAUCGAGUUGCAGAAUUAGGAAAAUGGGUGAGAAGGGAAUUUCGUGUUUGUGGAAGUAGUUGGGAUUCAAGUUGUGUAGAUGCUGCUGCAGCUGGCCUCGGUUGGUUCGCCAUUGGACUAAAAGGAGAGGCAGUCUUAAGCAUAUGGACUUACGAGGGGGUCGAGGUUGUUAUACGAAGUUCUGUCAUUCCGUACAGAUCAAACUUCUUUGAAGAUGCUGGAUUUACAAUCUCCAAAAUUGUCUCCAAGGCUGAUCAGGUAGCAACUAAACCACUUGAUCAACGUGAAAAGAAGAAAAAGGGUGACCCUAAAGUUCAUGUGCUGGCUGAAACAUCAGUCUCGAAAGCUCGCUCAGACUAUGAUUCUGCUUAAAUUUUGUAGCAUUGUACAGAAAGUGAUCCACAUCAAUGUACAAGUAUGGUGUUUGAUGGAAUUUAUGCUGAGAAAUGGCAAUGCAAGCAUCAUCAAGCCUUUCAAGCGGUGAUAAGUUUCUUGGAUUCGUGCGACUUUCACCUCCAGUAUAUUUACUUCAUAUUCAUGACGUAUAUGAGGUGGUGUAAAACUACAAUGCCUGUGAAGAUCAUCACACUCCCUAAGUAAGUUGCGUCAUAUCAGAGAAUGAUAUAUUAAAUCCACAGCUUCCUUUUCAAGGAAGGCUUUAGCUUCUGUAUUCAUUGCGGGAGGCAGUUGCAACACCUAGAAUGGAUAGUAAUUAUAAACUUGAGGAAUUGAUGGUUUCCUCUGCGACUUUGCAGCCCCAAAAGUUGAGAGUCGCGGUUUUACCUUCUGUAGUCAGGUCGUACAUGUCUUUUCAAAAUCCAUCAAGAUUCAUUCCUAGUUUUUCUUCAAAUUUAUUUUCUAUUCUUUGUUCCCUUUCAUUUGCAAUAACCCUGAUUUCAUAUAUAUAAUAAAAGUUGAACUUGGUUUGA